AUGGCCUCGUCCGAGAGCAAGAGCUUCUGCGAGUUCGGCUACAUCAUGGCCGCGCCGGGCGGGCCGUGCAACGCGACGUAUGCGUCCUUGAGCCAAGACAACUACGAUCUCUUCCGCAUCGCGUGCCUGGUCUAUGGCGUCAUCAUGCUCGCCUUCUGCCUCGCAAAGCUCCGCGCGAUCAGCCGCGUCGGCGGCAAGUACCAGGUGCUGCAGCGGCCCCGCGGCGCCAUGGCCUCAUCUUCGUCGUCGUCAUCCACGUCUGCGACCAACCAGCGCACCGCGGGCUCGGGGAUCCAAAGGGUCACGUACUGGCUGCUCGUGCUGGCGUCGGUCACGUUCGUCGCGCGCGCGAUCGACCCAUGGGGCUACAUGGGCAUCCUCUCGUACGUGGCCGUGACCAUGAUCUCGGACACAUGCACUGCAUGCAUCUACAGCGUAUUGAUCCUCGCCGUGUCGCUCUGGGCCCGCGUCGUUGUCACGCCCAAGAACCUCGCCCACUUCGAGUACCCGAUCCAGGCAUUCCGAAUCCUUGGCUUCAUGUUCACGUGGGUCAUCUUUGUUGGCAUCGUACCCGUCUCCGUCUAUUGCAUCAGCAACGACGUCUACCACUCGGUGCACACGCUCAUUCAGUUCUCGAUGGCCCCGUUUCUGCUCUGGAUCAUUGCGUCCAUGGGGCUUGUCUUUGGCAUUCAGAUCCAUCGGCGUCUCAAGGAGAUUCGAAGAGCCCAGGAGGCCACGCUCGAAGUCGCUCGGCGCCGCGUCGCCGCCCGCCAAGCGCUUCACGACCUCACCAAGCCGCCCGUCGUCAAGAGCGAGAGCCACGACGACACGGCGAGUACGCUGCCGAUGGACUUGGACACGAAGGAAGGCAUUGACGCCGCGUCCAAGCUCCCGGGCAAGUCGUCGCGCAUCUUGAAGAUGCUCUGCUUCCUCCAAGCCGUUUCGAUCGUCGUGAUUGGGCUCCAGAUCUAUCAGCUCGUGCUUUUUGUCCAAGACCAUUGCGUCAUGCAAAAGGAAUGGGACUGCGCAACCGGCAACGAAUGCAAGAUGCAGCUGCAGUUCCCGUACUUUCACGCAGCGCAGAUGGCUGGCAUCAUCGUCAUUUUCUGGGCGUUUCGCAAGACGCGCCAGGAGACGCCGCCCCAACCGAUGCUGUCGCCCGACUCGGUGCUCUUGGAUAUUGAGAACGGCGACCUCCAAACCCGCCACGUCCGGCACAUGACCAUCUAGCAGCUACACGUUAUUUAAACCAUCGAUCGACUAAGUGUUAUGAG